UGCACGUGUCCCUCAAGAUCUGACCACGAGUUGAUAAUAAUCACGUACAAGAUUUUGCAGAACAGAACCCUGCGAAGGAAGCCAAUUUUGGUUGAUAACCGGGGGUACAAAUACACCAAGAGAUGGCAGCGAAACCCGUCUUCCAUCAAGUGCACUUGGGUAUGCAGUGUUCGUGGCAAGUGUCAACGAUGCCCAGUGUCAGUCCUGCAGCAUGGAGAUGUCUUCCAGCCUGGCUCGUCCGCCCAACAUUCUCACCCAGCGGAUUCCGACGCAGCUGUUGCUGUCGAGUUUGCGUCAGCAGUAAAAGCCAAGUCGAAGCAGGAUGUGUUCAGAUCUGCUGGUGCUAUUGUGGAGGAAGUGAUGACAAGCCUAGCACCUGACGUCCAACCAGCAAGCUUCCCCAAGCUGGCCAACUUGGUGCUGGUUGCCAACCGAACCCGCCAAGCUCUUCGUCCACACGAACCCACCGAUCUCAAGUUUCCCCUGGCUACUGAUUUCGUACCUGCUAAUUUCCUGGUGAAGGAUGUCAUCAUCGGCGUUGAACGACACCUGCUCUUCAUGUCACCGGAGCAAACCACGAUCCUCGACCAAGCCAAGACCUGGUACCUUGACGGUACGUUCAAGGUUGUGCACAAGCCUUUUUACCCAACUCCUGAGUAUCCAUGCCUUUGUCAACUUGGAGCACGGGCAGCAGAAGCAAGUUCCCCUGGCAUUGUAUCUGAUGUCUCGCCGCACCAAGGACUACCGCAAAGUUCUUCGGGCUGUGAAGAAGAAUCUGCCCUCAAGAGGUAGCCAUGUCCAGAACUUUGUUGUGGAUUUUGAAGCAGGAUUGUGGUCUGCACUUCGAGCCAUCUUCCCCGAUCGUCAGAUCAAAGGUUGUUUGGAUCACUGGUCGCAGGCGCUUUGGAGAAAGUGCCAAAGCAUCGGGUUAGCUGUACCAUACACAUCGGAGCUUGCCGUACAUACAACGCAUCAUCCGCAAGCUGAUGGCCUUGCCGUUCCUCCAACAUGAACAUGUACAGCAAGCUUUCAUUAAGCAGCAGAGCCAAGUAACAGAACCCCUCCUAGUAUGUCAGCUCUUCAAUUACGUUGAAGAAACCUGGAUCGAGAGUAGUGUCUGGCCACCUCGGGAUUAGUCUAUCUUCAGCCAAAGUGUGCGCACCAACAA